AUGCUGAGAUUGAAUCGAUCGGGUCGGCGUCAAUAUGUAACCGUCGGCUUUUCGAGCAUUCCGUGCCUGGACCUUGAAUCAUUGGUAAUGGACCUCGGCUUGAUUCCUACAAAAGCGGCCAUCAUGCGCCCGUUGGUUUUAUACCGCCAAGCUCCUCGCGUCUUCUGCCGUCCUCAAUUAUCUUUCCUUCGGUCUUUCAAUCCUCCCCGCAACUGGAACUUCUCUACGACGUCAUCUUGCCACUAUCACCACUUAACCGUCAAACGCAUUCUCGCUCCUCAACCUCUCUCCUCUACCCCACGCCUCUUCCAAACCAGAACCAUGUCUUCCGCGACCACCUUUUUCGAGUUUGAGCCCGUCGACAAGAAGGGCACACCCUUUCCCCUCUCCUCCCUGAAAGGCAAGGUCGUCCUCGCCAUCAACACCGCCUCCAAGUGCGGUUUUACCCCGCAGUUCGAGGGUCUCGAGAAGCUUUACAAGGAACUCAAGGCGCAGUACCCCGAGGACAUCGAGUUCCUCGGAUUCCCCUGCAACCAGUUCGGCGGCCAAGACCCCGGCUCCAACGACGAUAUCCAGUCCUUCUGCCAGAUCAACUAUGGCGUGAGUUUCCCCGUGCUGGGGAAGCUGGAUGUGAACGGUGACCAGGCUGCGCCGGUCUUCACUUGGAUGAAGGAAGCUAUGCCCGGUGCGCUGGGUCUGAAGCGCGUUAAGUGGAACUUUGAGAAGUUCUUGAUCGCUGCGGAUGGUAAGGUGGUUGGCCGUUGGUCUUCCCUCACUAAGCCUGAGACUCUGAAGGACAGCAUUGUCCAGGAGAUUGAGAAGGCUAAGAAGGCUGGUAUCUCGGCUUCUGCUCAGAAGGCCACUGAGGGUGCUGAGCAGGCUAAGCUCUCGUGA